ACGGAGACCCUCGCUGUUUUUGGUGAAGUCUCACAAGCGUCGCUACAUCGAAGCAGGUGUUGGAAACACGGGCUAAACAUGGCUUACGGAUAUAUCUCCAGUCUCCUUCUGUGGACCACCUUGUCGGCCGUUCUGUUGACAGGUGCUGCCCAGUUCAUCGCAGUUCAGAGCCAGAACCUGAUGACUGAUAGUGUGUCGGUGGUGGAGGGGGAGACGGCCAUCAUCAGCUGCAGGGUGAAGAACAACGACGACUCCGUCAUUCAGCUACUCAACCCCAACAGGCAGACCAUCUACUUCAGGGACAUGAGACCCUUAAAAGACGCCAGGUUCCAGCUGGUGAACUUCUCUGAGAACGAGCUGCGAGUCGCCCUGAACAACGUGUCCCUCUCUGACGAGGGCCGAUACGUAUGUCAGCUCUACACAGACCCUCCGCAGGAGGCCUACGCAGAUGUUACUGUACUGGUUCCACCUGGUAACCCCAUCAUUGAGGGUCAGGAAGAGCCAGUAACCGAGGGCAACGAGACGGAGAUGACCUGCACUGCGGCCAGCAGCAAACCAGCCGCCAAAAUCCGCUGGAUGAAGGGAGACCAGGAACUGACUGGGACAUCCCAGGUGGAGCCUACCUUUGACAACAUGUACACGGUCAGCAGCCGUCUCCGGGUAACCGUAACCAGGGAGGAUGAUGGGGUUGCUGUGCGGUGUGUUGUCGAGCAUCCAGCUGUCAAAGACUUCCAGGCCCAGAGGAUUCUAGAAGUCCAGUAUAAGCCAGAGGUGAAGAUCUCAGUGGAGUACCCAAAGGGUCUGACCAGAGAGGGCGAGAACCUAGAACUCACCUGCAGAACUCGAGGCAAACCCCAACCACAGCAGGUGAACUGGGUAAAGGUGGACGAUGACGUUCCCUCACAUGCAGUCAUCACCGGUUCCGAUCUGCUCAUCGAGAAUCUCAAUAAAUCCUACAACGGAACAUACAGAUGUGUAGCAGCUAACUUGAUCGGCGAAUCAUACGACGACUACAUUCUAUAUGUGUAUGACGCUCCGACCACACCCCCUCCCCCAAGUACUGCCCCUCCCACCACCAUCAGCACCACCCCCUUCCUAGAUACCACCCAAGAAUCUGUGCCCAGUUCUGAUCCUGCAUUACACGACUCCAGAGCAGGCGAGGGCGUGCCACGGUCAGUGGACCAUGCGGUCAUCGGCGGUGUGGUUGCCGUGGUGAUGUUUGCCAUCCUCUGUGCUCUCAUCGUCCUCGGCAGAUACUUCGCCCGACACAAAGGUACCUACUUUACCCAUGAAGCUAAAGGAGCUGAUGACGCGGCAGACGCUGACACGGCCAUCAUUAACGCCGAGGGCGGAGUCAGCAACUCGGACGAGAAGAAGGAGUACUACAUCUGAUUACCGCCAGAGGCGGC